UGAAUUUGAAAAAGAAAUCGAAGAGCUGCCGGAAUUGAACUACGACGAUUUUAUACUAAAGAACAACGAGAAGAAAACGAAGAUGGCGAAGCCAAAGAAAACCAGACCAUCCAAUUCCCUCAUGGAUUAUAAGGGCCUGAAAGCUCCCAAGAAACGACGACAGAAUAUCAAUAAUAAUAAAGAUGAAGAUGAUUCGGUGGAUUCUGAUGAUUCAGGAUCCAAUUAUAUUAUCGAUACUAGCAAGUGGAGACGAUCUGCAUUGAAGAACCGUCCAAAUAUGAGCGGAGAACACCCCGUUGCUACAACUUACACAUCCACUGCUGACAAUCCAGUAACCAGCAGGAUCGAAAACACGUCCUCUCCUCGAGAUCAACGCACAACACAUCCAGUUUCUGGCAGUUGUAAGAGAAAAAUUCCCAGAGAAAGAAUUAUUCAUCGCCAACCUCUCCAACCUGAAGCUAGUAACGGAAACACUUCAAGAAGCUUUGAUGAAGAAGCAGCAUUGGCACUAAUUGCUUUUUCGGAAGCAACAUUCAAUUAGUCACUAAAGAUACUGUACCAGCAGAAUCUAUUUUCCAAUUAUGGAAACAACGAUUUAAAGUCAUGGCAUAAAUGUCAGCUUUCUUCUUCUUCCUGCCUGGAAUGCUCUCGAGUCUCUUCGAGCUGAUUUCAGCUUUUAACUGAUAACUUCAGCUUUAUGUGGUUUGGAUCGAUCGUGUGUGAGUUAAUUUCUUAAUAUAGGGGCACCAAGCUUCGCUCGUUAUUGUUAUUUAUUUAAAAAGAAUCCAUAUAACCACAUAACAAUAUAAAUUUAUACAGAUAUUGCUCGCUUAAUAUAAUUGGAUUAUAGGAGAGGAAUAUAUUUAAUAUAUUAAAAAUAUUCAUCAUCAAUGAUUGAUGAGCAGUUAGGUUUUUCAAUGAAGCUACGUACCUAAAGACUGGAAAUGCUUUAAAAUUGACUAGAAAUCAUUGAAAUCAAUAGUUUAUCUUUAUAUCAGAAGAGUAUAACUCUAUUUUUUCAAAUACCAGAACCAAUUCAUUUUUAAUAAAAAAUAAUGUAUUUCUGACUAUAUGCCUACACACGUUCUUGCUCAUAAUUUCUUGUUCAAUUCCUAGGAAUACGGUAUCGUAGAAUUUGUUUUGAUAAUUUUUAUAAAAUAUUUUUCAACAGUUUACUAUUCAUAGGAUAAAUUACAUAUUAUUAUGAAAAAUUCUAUAUUUACCGUAUUUCUAAUAAGAAAUUUGAAUACUAAAUUCCAUCAUUUACAUGACUGAAUGUGGAGAUACUCCCACAUUUCUAUACUUGAUUAAAUAGUUAUGAUAUUUUACUAUUCUCGUAUUAUUAUUGAACCCAUUUAUCAUAUUUGAAUAAUAUAAUAAAUUGCUUUUUUGAAGAGAAGAAUUUUAGAAGCCUCUUCAAAAUAAAAACUAUUAUAACUCACAGUAACGCUUUUCAAUUUUAAUAGAGAUUCUAACGUUUAAAUAGAUCAUUUAUCUAGCUUACAAAGUAAUGUUUCACAAAUUUCAACUCAUUAACUUUUGGAACGUUAUAAAAUUUGAUUUGAUGACAGAAUAUUAUAUUAUAUCAACUUAUAGAUUAUAUUUUUAUUCUUUGUAGUUAAAAAUAUGGUAGCUUAGAGAAACAUGUUUCUCUUCUUCAAUACUCUAGUCUUAUUUUAUAAUAUUAUAUAGAAAAUAUAAUUAUACAUUUUCUUGUAUUAAAUUCCCCAUUAUCCUGUGAAUAACGAACACUCAUCAUUUUCAAAUAAGCCUACGAAAAAACUAAUUUUAUUGAUUGAGGCAUUUUAUCGAGCAGGUCGCUCAUUUCAUAAUAGAUUACGAUUUUAUUCAAUAAUAUUGGAAGGGAAUUGUCUAUGGAUUAGCCUAAAUGAUAUUUCUACUUUUUAAUAUUUUAUACUUUUAUAAUUAUGAUUAUAUUCAUUGUUUACAUAGACAUAUAUUAAUUUAUAGUUAUCCACUUAUACUUAUCUAUAUUUAAAAAUGACUUUUACAACGGCUCACGAAACUAUAAUAAAGUAUUUUUGCACUUCGACUGAAAUAGCUCAUUGAGGAUUUAUAAAACACUCAUUAACAAUACUUUGUAUUCUAAAACUGUGGAGAUUUAUACUUAUGUGUAUUUCUUGAGAAAACUUGGAAACAAAAGGUUUCAACGAAUUAAUACAUUUUUUAAGAAGCUUAGACAAUUGAAACAUAGAAAUCGGAGAACAAUCAAAGAUUAUACACCUGAAAGUUGCUGGAGAAAUGAAAAAUAAUCUGAAACACUUUAGAAACAUGAAGCAAUUUCAGCUAUUUCUCUAUAUGCAAGUGGAUGUAUCCCACUUCUCAAAAUAGUUUAAAUUGAAAUAUGUUGUAUAGCAUGGACUUGAAAUAAUAUGAGAAGAUCAUACUAUUAUAUCUAUAGAGUGAUCUCUACACAUCUUGAAUUUUACAAUAUAUAGAAUUCUUGAUAAUUAUACAUAAAAUAUUAAGGUCUAGUUAUUGUUUUAGAUGUCUAUAAUAAUCAUAUUGUUGUAUUUGUAAAUGUUGUUAUAUAAAACAUAUUCUAUAACAUUCCAAUGCCAAUAGAAAUGUAAUUAAAGUUUCAUAACAGAAAACUCACAAAGACGUUGCUCAAGCAAUAUUCUAAAAAAAUAUAUAUAUAAUGUUAUGAUAAUCAAACCCUAUUAAUUAUUAAUCAAACUAGAAUUCUAAGUUCUACAAUCAGACUGUUACAGUGAUGAUUAUUUUGAUGUCAGAACACAUUACUGAUUACUAAAACUCUGAAGUUCUUAAAUAACCGCAUCUUGAUUCUCAUUCACAAAGAGUUAGAAUACCGUAUUUUCUGGUAUUGGAAGGAAUGUAUUAUCUAUCUAAUCCAUGUAUAAUGUGAAUAAUGUAAACUAAUGUGUUCAUUUAGUUCAACUCAAUAAGAGUAUAUUAAAUAUUAUUGUAUUAUUUGCUCAACUCUUGGAGCAAUUAUCUUCAGGAUAACUAUAAUAUAUUCAAUGUUAAAAUUAUCUAGGGUAGGCGGGAAAAGUGUAUGUCAAAAAAUAUUUUUGUGGGAAAUGCAAUAGAAAAAACAACUUUUCUACAUCCAUGAACUCAAAAUUUGCUUACAAUUUAGUUUCUUAGUUCUUUUUAAAAUGAAAAAGAUACCAUGACUCAUUCUAUUAAACCCCAAAGAUUAUUGACUCUUGUACUACUUAAACCAAAACUUAUUUGUCAUUUCUUGCGUGAAAAUUCAAAACUUCUGUUCAACUCCAAUCCAAAUAUUGGCCUUCUAGCCCAAGAGCUUUUUACGAAGAGCUUUUUACAGGAUGCCUGAAAAACCACAGAUUUUUGGUUCCUUUUCUAAUUAUUUGAUAUUUUUGCCAAAUCGAGCCAUCAGACAAAAAAAAAACACUCGCCUUUUUUAAGAUUAAUAAUAUUUCGAAUAAAAUGAAAUAAUCCGGAGCUCUCUAUCUUCAUUGUGUGCUAAGUUACAGUUUUUUCAAAAAUGAGUGGAAUUUUCGGAAAUUUGGAGGAAAUUCCGUUUCCUAUUCUUCGAUGGUUCUGAUAGUAUAACUGGACUCAGCUUUUAUUUCAUUUAUCCACUUGUCAUGUAUAGUAAUAAAUACCAUAUAGACAUUGUCAAAAUUCAUCUUCUCUCUGCAAUCUAUUGGAAAAGGCAGGAGGCAGCGACAUAUUCCUUUGGUAGAUUACCGGUACUAAUCCACUUAGGUAUUUUACGCAUAGAAUCAAAUUGACCUAUUAUGUUAGUGCCAGGUUGUAGAUAAUUUCCCGCCCACCCUAGACAUUAUGUGACUGCACUCUUUAUAACUUACUAUAAAAAUAAAAAAAUAUACGUUGUAAAUAAUAGGGUAUUUGUGUGAUUGUCACGCUUACUGUAACUAUAUCCGCUAUAGGCCUAUUGUAAACAAAUAUUUAUCAUCUUAAUGAUGAUGUUCAUUGUUUUUUCAUCAUCAAUUUAUUCAAAUAAUAUUAUAUAUAAUAUUAUAUUGCAUAUAUACAUAAAUAUAUUAACCAUCAAGUAGCUCAGUAGAAAACAAUUACCGGUAUUUGAAAAUAUAU